UCAGUUUUAAUUUGACCGCUUUAGCAAUGAGUGCACCAAAUAUUGAAGAACUUCACGAUGACUGCCUAUACUAUAUAUUCCAGUUUCUAUCCACUGAAGAUCGCAUUAUUUUCGCACAAGUGUGCAAGCGAUUUCGUCAGUUUUUUAUCAACCAGUGCGGUAGUAAAUACCGCGAAUAUAUCCUCGAAAAAUACAGUGCAAGAAUAGAGCUAAUACAAUUUUGCACCUGUCGGGAGAUGGUAACGUCCUUGACCAUCGAUCUGGAUCACUUCAAUACGGCCAGAUGCUUCAGGAACUAUGGGUGUAUAGCUUCUGAAAACUGCUUUGGAAUUCUUUGUCAGACUUUGGCCGGCAUGAUUGGGUUAGAGCACUUGGUAGUGAAACAACUGGUCUUCCUCAUUACACCCAUUGUAAAGCCCUUCGAUCAAAUUCUGGCUGCCGUAAGACAUUUGCCGAAACUAAAAAUAUUGGAAUUGCAUGCUAUAGAUGACUGCAGUUUGGAUCACCUGAGUCAGCUUCGUCACCUCGAAAAUCUGCAGAUCCUCGUACCGAAAAUUCCACCCACAGCUCUGGUUAAAUCCUGCAAAUCCAAUGGCAAUCUUAGCAGGCUCCACCUCGGCUAUGCCUGUGUUCAGAAGAAUUUGAGAGAUAUAGUGCCCUACUGCAAAAAUCUGGAGGUUCUCAAGUUCGGCAUGUCCGGGAAUUCUUCAGAAUACUUGCCACUGGCUAUGCUUCCAAAGCUCAGGGAGCUGUCCUACUUUGGAAUCCGCCGAAGUGGCUCCUUUGAGCCUCUACUUUCAGCUCUGGCGGCCAAAUCACAGUUGACACACCUGUCCAUAGACGGUGGAAGUCUUACUCUAAAAGAGACCUCUCAGUUGGUCCGCAUUCAGAGCUUAAGACACUGCAAAUGCUUCUGCUCAUCGGCAGAGUGUGUGGAAAUGCUGGCCAAGCUGACGAAUCUGGAAGAACUGUGUCUCUCGAUGUCCUGUUCACUAGAUAUUUCCAAUUCCCUACUGACAAUUAUUGCAAGCUGUAAAAAUCUCAAACUUCUACGUAUUGCGAUGGGUAAAGUUAAUACAAGGGUUUUAGACGAUGCCAUAAGACUUGAAAACGCUAAAGCAAACGAAAACACUAAGUCUCCAAUAGUCUUAGAAGUAGAUAAAUAGAUGAUAAACACAUUUUUAAGUAUGUAUAAUAAUAAAUUGUAAUGUAUAUGAUAAAGUAGCCAAAAUGUAAACAUAUUUUAUAUUAUUUAAGGAGAAACUUUACUUAGUUGUGAUAAACAAAAUGUCAUUAAAUGGACAAGGCCGCCAGAGAAGCAAGAAGUAAAUUAAGUUCCCAAGUUUGACAUUUUCAAGGAGUAGCUAAACUUUUAAUUUGGAUUCUUUGGAUAUGACAGAUAAUGCAUAUUGCUGGAUCUCAGCCUAAUUUUCGUGAGAUCUAGAUUUUGUUGCCUUCUCGUUCAGAACACUUUGCCGCUCAAAGAACUUUAAAAGUAUGUCGCAAAUUUCGCAUACUCAAGUGCCAAAGCAAGAACAUGAUAUGAGUAUCUCAAAAAUAGUUGUGCAAGUUGUUCGCCCUUCUGGGAGAAUGAUGAAAAAUGCACUUUGUAAUUCUGGUAGCUCGUCAGAGUGGCACAUGCAACGUCGCCCAUCCGUCGCCCGGCACUUAUAAAUGUCACAUUAGAGUCUCAUUCUCGGGGAGAAGGGGACUCUAGCUCGUUAUACUUCCGCCCCCGGCGGCGGUGGGCGUGGCUCUGCCUGAAUUUGUACUCACAGUUGCUGUAAUAUAAAUUUAUAUUCUUGUCACAUCCACAUUAUUCGUGAGAUUCCGUGUUCGGUAAAUGGCAACACUGGCCCUUGACAACUGGAAGAUAAAGUGGUUUAUUUUGUAGUCCAUUUUUAUUCUGCGAGUUUAUUAUAUUCGUUAUAAGUAUUACGAAAAAAGAGAUUUCUUGAAAAUGCAGUGAAUAUAUU